AUGUGCCGCUUCAUGUCCGACGCACCUGGCGCCGCAAAAACUCAAGGCAGAGUCGUGCUCCCCACAAAUGUCGUCCCGAGACACUACGACGUGACUCUCGAGGUCGACUUUGACAAGUUCGUCUUCCAGGGAACGGUUAUCAUUGACCUCGACGUCGCAAAGGACACCACCUCUAUCUCCUUGAAUACUGUGGAGCUUGAGAUCCAUUCAACAACCAUCCAUGCAGAUGGCGCCCUUGUUACUUCCUCCCCGAAACUCUCGUACGAUGAGGAUACGCAGACCACGACCAUCGACUUUGGCGAAGGCAAGUCGCUGUCCAAGGGUCAGAAGGUGCAGCUGAAACAUACGUACACGGGUCAAUUGAAUGACAAGAUGGCUGGAUUUUACAGGUCUAAGAGGAGAGACGGGCAGUAUUUGGCAGUCACCCAGUUCGAAGCCACGGAUGCCAGAAGGGCGAUGCCUUGCUUUGAUGAACCUGCACUCAAGGCAGAGUUUACCGUCACAUUGAUUGCCGACGAGGCUAUGACGUGUCUGUCGAAUAUGGAUGUUGCAUCGACCAAAACUGUGCACUCGGACAUCAUUGGUGGAAAUAGGAAGGCCGUCAAAUUCAAUCGAUCACCCAGAAUGUCGACUUAUUUGUUGGCAUUUAUUGUGGGAGAACUGAAGUCCAUUUCUACAGACAAGUUCAGAUUACCCAUCAAGGUCUGGAUGACGCCGGAGCAGAACGAGUCCGAUGGAACAUUUGCGCUUGACGUCGCAGCCAAAACUCUGGCAUUCUACGAGAAGGCGUUCCAAGCACCCUACCCAUUGCCCAAGAUGGACAUGGUGGCAAUUCCGGAUUUCGCCGCUGGUGCAAUGGAGAACUGGGGUCUGGUCACCUACCGUGUGGUGGAUCUCCUCUUCGACGAGAAGUCGGCUGGUGCGGCGACCAAGGAGAGAGUGGCAGAGGUUGUGCAGCAUGAAUUGGCACACCAAUGGUUCGGAAAUCUGGUGACAAUGGACUUCUGGGACGGAUUGUGGCUCAACGAAGGGUUUGCAACUUGGAUGAGCUGGUACAGCUGUAACGAGUUCUACCCCGAGUGGCGGGUGUGGGAAACCUUUGUCAUUGACACCUUGCAAUCAGCGUUAGGUUUGGAUGGACUCCGGAGUUCUCAUCCAAUUGAAGUUCCUGUGCAUCGUGCAGAGGACAUCAAUCAGAUCUUUGACGCCAUUUCCUAUUCGAAGGGAUCGGCUGUCUUAAGGAUGAUUUCGAAGUAUCUUGGCGAGGAUACCUUCAUUGACGGCGUGAGGAGGUAUAUCAAGAAACAUGCGUGGGGCAAUACACAAACCGGUGAUCUCUGGAACGCACUUGGCCAGGCGAGUGGCAAGGACGUUGCCCAUGUGAUGGACAUUUGGACAAAGAAUAUUGGAUAUCCCGUCAUCACAGUGACGGAAAACGAGAAGGACUCAACCAUAACCGUCAAGCAGAACAGGUUCUUGCGCACGGGUGAUGUUAAACCGGAGGAGGAUCAAGUCCUCUAUCCGGUGAUUCUUGGGUUGAGGACGAAGGAUGGAGUGGACGAAAGCCUGAUGCUCACUGAGCGGGAGCAGACGUUCAAGAUCAAAGGGGGAUUGGAGUUCUACAAAUUGAAUGCAGACCACUCGGCGCUCUACAGGACGAGCUACACGCCACAGAGACUCACAAAGCUUGGCGAAGCAGCGAAGAAGGGCUUGCUUUCGGUGGAAGACCGAGCCGGUAUGAUCGCCGAUGCUGGUGCCCUUGCUGCUAGUGGAUACGGCAAGACAUCGGGCAUUCUGAGUCUGCUACAAUCGUUCAAUACCGAGACUCAAUUUGUGGUCUGGAACGAGAUUCUGAGUCGGAUCAACGCCGUGAGGAAUACUUGGAUCUUUGAGAACGAGUCGAUCAAGGAUGCGCUGAAGGCGUUCCAGCUGAAUUUGACAUCCGCAAAGGCUCAUGAGCUGGGAUGGGAGUUUUCUGAGAAUGAAGACCACAUCUUAAGUCAGUUCAAGAGCUUGAUGUUUGGCUCUGCCGGUCUUGCUGGCGAUGCAAAGAUCCAAGCCGCUGCAAAGGAGAUGUUUGGGAAGUUCAUGGAGGGUGACUAUUCCGCCAUUCAUCCCAACCUCCGGUCAUCGGUGUUCGCCAUGGCGUUGAGAGACGGAGGAGAGAAGGAAUGGGAUGCGCUGGUGGCGAGAUAUCAUUCUGCGCCGACCUCGGACGAGAAGAAUACCUGCCUGCGAACUCUGGGCCGGGCAAAGGAUCCAGAACUGAUCAAGAAGACGCUUGAAUUUGCAUUGAGUGGGCAGGUCAAGAUGCAAGACAUCUACAUGCCUAUUGGCGGCCUGGGAACUACCUCGGAGGGUAUCGAGAAGAGAUGGGAGUGGAUGUGCGCCAACUGGGAUGAACUCGUGGAGAAGCUACCUCCCAGCAUGACCAUGUUGAGCUCUGUCGUUAGCAUCUGUGCUGCGGGCUUCACCUCUGAUGCGCAGUUGAAGAAGGUUCAAGACUUCUUCGAAGGCAAAGACAAGAAGGGAUUUGAUCGCAGCUUGCAACAGAGCAUGGACAGCAUCCGGGCCAAAGCGAACUGGCUGCAGAGAGAUGGGGAGGAUGUGCGGGAAUGGCUGAAGAGCAACGGGUAUUUGAAGGAAGGGGUUGUGAGCGGGAAGCUCUAG